GAGUAGUAGCUAAUCCUGCUUUUACUGUCCCUGGUCAAAACAAAACGGAUUCAUCCCAUGCUUACCAAGUUUCAUCCCGUCCCACGAAAACGCUACCGGGUACAAAAUUCGUUGGAUCCUGCAGCCAUUUCGGCAGGACAAGUCCUCAGCCAAAACCCCAAUUCCCCAUGGCUCCACCGACGCAGCCAACCCCGCGCCGCCUCCAAUCCCCUGCGGACCUCGCCGACGAUGCCCUCGGGGAGAUCUUCCUCCACCUCGACUCUGCCCUGGACCUCGCCCGCGCCUCCUUCGCUUGCGCCAGCUUCCGUCGCGUCAUCACAGACCACGGUUUCCUCCGCCGCUACCACGCCCUCCACCCGCCGCCGCUCCUCGGCAUCCUCGCCAGCGGCUUUAUCCCCGCGCAGCCGCCCCACACCUCCGCCAUCGCCGCCCGAGCCUUCGCGCAAGCCGAUGCCGCAGACUUCUCGUUCUCCUUCCUCCCCAUUCCGCACCGCUGGCGCCGCCGCGACACCCGCGACGGCCGCUUCCUCCUCUCCGGGGUCCCCACGGGUAGGGGAUACCGUCGCGGCGAUCUUCUCUGGAUCACGGAUCUUGCCGUCUGCGACCCUGUGCACCGGCGCUACCUCCUGCUACCGGCCAUCCCAGCCGACCUAACCGCCGCUGUCCAUCAGCCAGACAUCGUUGAUUUCGAGACCUUCCUUGCCCCUGCUGCUGAGGAUGACAAGGACUCGUCAUUCAGGGUGAUCUGCCUGGCGCAAUGCGCAAUCAAGCUGGUCCUCUUCGUCUUCUCAUCUGGAGAAGGGCGAUGGCAUACUGUUACAUUUAACGACUGGAGUGCUCUGAUUACAGGGACCGGAAACCCAGCUUCAACAGGGACUGCCAAUCCUGCUUCAGGAUCAGAGUUGUCCCAACGCUACUAUGCCCACAGAUGCUUCUAUUGGUUGAUGCAUCGGAGGAACAAAUUGCUUUUGCUCAACACAAGUGGGAUGGAGUUCUCUACUGUUGAGCUCCCACAUGACUACACCGGAGAGAUUGCCAUUGUGGAGGCAGGGAAAGGAAAGGUUGGGAUGCUUUCUCUCUACAGUCUUCCACAUGGCACGGUUCAUCUCUCGUAUGCCAUCUUGCAAAAUGAUGGUGAGAUCGCAAACCAAUGGCAGCCUGAGGAGGUGCUCCUGUUGCCUGAGAACCAUCGCUAUGACAUUGUGGGUGUAGCUGGGGGAUAUUUGCUCCUUCAAGGGAUUCCAGAUGGCGUGUCUCUUUUGCAUCCCCCAAAGAAUCCAAACUUAACCUGUUUUUCGCUGGACGUCAAGACACUGCACCUUGAGUUGUUCUGUCAAACUAACCACUCCAUCUUACAUGCUGAACUGUAUGCCGGUCACCCACCAUCUUUGUCUCCACCAAGUGUAUGAAAUGGCCUAGGUGUGUUGCUACUGACGUUUCUACAAGGAAGGCUGUUGCACUGCACUUCAGCUGGGCUAGUUCUGGUUUGUUGCUUCUCCAAGGCGUUUGUGGGCGUGUAUCAUGCACCGAUUUUCGUUUGGCUGUAACUUUGAUUUGUACAGAGUGUAAACAUCUUCGUGGUUCAACUGCAAGAGUGUUGUGUUAUAGUAUGUGUCAUCUUACACAGUCAAGUGUGUAGCACCUGGUUGUAAGGACAAAACUAGAUAUACACCAUAUGUGAGUCUAGGAAGUCAAAUUAUACAUAUGGCUAAUAGAGAUAAUAUCAAAAGACGAUGCUUUAAUCAUAUUUGUAGUUAAAAUUUUAAA